CUUACCGUCGCAUUGAAUUAUUUUACCCCAUGAAGAAAAAACUCCCUAAACCACGGAAGUGGAUGUGAUGAACUGCUGUUUUGCAUGUGUUUUAUUCCAGAAAAAUGCUAUUUUUAAUUUCUAUGAUGGCAGAACAUGACACGAAUUAACAUUGGAUUUAAGAUGUGCUAAAGAUGUAGUUCCAGCGCACAUUUUCAACAGUGUUUGUUCAUUCGUUGAGGAUUCAGUCUCAUAUGUUAACAGCUAGCGACUGACUGACAGUUGUUUUUGUAUUUUAGUGUCAUUCAUGUAAAUGACACGUAGUGCUUAUGUACGAAGAGUGUGUUAAAUUAGUAAAACUCAAGAUUCUUUAAUUCAUCCGCUUGUCUAUUAAGUCUUCGUCUAUUGAAUCAAAUCUCUUUUGUCACAUCACCAUAAUCAGUAAUGGUGAGUGUAGUUACAGUGUUGUAUAGUAAAGUUUUCAGCCAUAAUACACUGCAGUCUAUAUACAGUGUGUCUGGCUUGUGCUGAGGUGCAUCUCUACUUUUGAAUGACAGAGCACUGAGGACUUCACAUCACCAUGGUCCACAGGAAGAGAGGUCACACUCAUGCCCCUAAAACCCUUUCAUCUCUGGACACUCACUCCUCCAGCAGCACACUGCGGCACACUGAUCAUGAGCUGGGCAUAAAGCACAGGAUAUGUAUGGUGUCAGACUUCUUCUACCCAAACAUGGGUGGUGUGGAGAGUCACAUCUACCAGCUCUCACAGUGCCUCAUAGAGAAGGGCCAUAAGGUCGUUAUCGCAACUCAUGCAUAUGGAGACCGUCGUGGGAUUCGCUACUUGACCAGUGGACUGAAGGUGUAUUAUCUGCCACUGCAGGUCAUGUAUAAUCAGUCCACAGCGACCACCUGCUUUCACAGUUUGCCGUUGCUCCGGUGUGUGUUUGUGCGUGAACGCAUCACAAUCGUGCACGCUCACAGCUCCUUUUCUGCGAUGGCCCAUGAUGCUUUGUUCCACGCCAAGACUAUGGGACUCAACACCGUAUUCACAGAUCACUCUCUUUUUGGAUUUGCGGACCUGAGCUCUGUACUGACCAAUAAGCUGCUGACUGUCUCUCUCUGUGACACCAAUCAUAUUGUGUGUGUGUCGUACACUAGUAAAGAGAACACUGUACUGCGAGCCGCUCUUGACCCCGAGAUCGUCUCUGUCAUCCCUAAUGCUGUCGACCCCACUGACUUCACCCCUGACCCCUGUCGCCGUGACAACAGCAAGGUUACAAUUGUGGUCAUCAGUCGACUGGUUUACAGGAAAGGGAUUGAUUUACUAAGUGGAAUCAUUCCUGAACUAUGUGGAAAGCAUCCAGAUCUCUACUUUCUGAUUGGUGGAGAGGGACCCAAAAGAAUCAUACUGGAAGAGGUUCGAGAAAAAUAUCAACUUCAUGACCGAGUCCGUCUGCUGGGAGCUCUGGAUCAUAAAGAUGUGAGGGAUGUUCUUGUUCAGGGUCAUAUCUUUCUGAACACUUCUCUCACCGAGGCCUUCUGUAUGGCCAUAGUGGAAGGAGCCAGCUGUGGGCUGCAGGUGGUGAGCACCCAUGUUGGAGGAAUACCUGAAGUCCUCCCUGAUGAGUUGGUGACUCUGUGUGAACCAUCAGUCCGUUCCCUUUGUGAUGGCUUGGAAACUGUUAUUGUGAGAAUACGCACAGGAAAUGUGGCGUCUCCUGCCACCAUCCACCGCAAGGUCCGAACACUGUACACUUGGAGAAACGUUGCCGAGCGCACAGAAAAGGUGUAUAAUCGGGUGUGCAGGGAGCCCGUUUUGCCUUUUUCUGAGCGACUGCACAGCCUGUGGUCUCAGUGUGGUGCUGUGGCGGGCUCGAUUUUCUCCUUUUUUGCUGUUAUUAGCUUCCUCUUCCUGCUUCUCCUGCAGUGGCUCCGCCCAGAUCAUGUGAUUGAUGUUGCUGUAGACUCAUCAGGUCCCCACAGCCAAAUGGGACAGCAGCUUAGUAAGAAGAAAAGUAAAACACUACACUCAGCUGUGUCCGGAUUAAUAAUUUAACAUGUCCUCACAUUAGUCUCAUGAUGGACUUUAUUUAGAAGGGUAAGGAUGUAAGUAAUGAACUAAACUAAACCUGUUGUACCGGUACGUCAUAGUGUACUAUGGUACAUCAAAACAUGUGCUGACUACUGUUUACAUUCAUGUAUAAAACAACGACCUCAGGUGAAGAAGAAGCUUUUAAAAGCUAUCUUCAGGCACUCCUAUUGUCCAGCACCUGCUUUUGCAUGCUGAAAAGCUGCCUUUAACCGAACCCCCAUCAGAAAAUAGUCUAAACCUGAUGAAAUUGUUUCACAAAUAUGUUUUAACA